AUGAAUGCGGGUGAUAGUUAUGCUUAUAUAAACGAUGACAAUCGGUAUGACAUAUGUAAAGACAAAUACCGAACUUCAUUUGAUCCAAAUGGCAAUCAAAUCCCUAGAGAAUGUUUGGGUCCGUUUUGUAAUUAUUUCACGAGUCUUAACCCCUGUAAAACUCAAUGCCCUCUCUAUCCUAAUCCGGUUCUUGUUAUUCAACCCCUUCUUAAUAACAAUUCUACCGAUGAAGAGGUGUAUAGAAAACAACAGCUUUAUUACGAUUUUGAUAAUAUGUGCACAAAUGACAAAUGCGCUAAAAUUAAGACAACGUAUUACAAAGAAUUUGUAUUAAUCAAAGACCCGUCACAACAAUGCGGUCCAAAUCAUUUUUGUAAUUUAAAUGGCUGUUGCGUUAUAAAGCCUCCAACACCACCCACUACUACCACAACUACCACAACCACCACAACCACUACAACUACUACAACCACCACAACAACCCCGACCACCACUACCACUACCACUACAACCCCAACUCCACCUACACCUACAACCCCGACCACUACUACUACUGAGAAGCCAUUGANAUAGUAAUAAUUAGUAAAUAUCCUGCAAUUUUAUCACUAAUAAUAUUAUGUGAAAUGUGAUGGAUUUAAAGUUUUGAUAAAAUUGAACAUUGACUGCCCUAAUCACCAGGAUAUAAAUUUAUAG